AUGAAUUAUUCGUCGUCCACUUCCAGUGGAUCCACCCAGACUUCCAGCUUGCAGGAGCUUUUAGACAGGUUCAAAUUCAACAGAGUCUUAGAUUCGAAUCCGCAGACCAAGGUGAUCUCGUUGCUGGGCAGAAUAGACGGCCACGAUGCCAUUGUCACAAUGGAGAAAAUGCACUUCACGUACGAGACUAAUGUGUUGAAGAAAGAAAAUGGCCGCAACACGCCGGUUUUGCACAGUUGCGAGGACGAAUUUUCGUGUCUCAAGUCCAUCGAGGCGAUGCGGGAGAUUGCGUCAAACGACAUAUACUACUGGGGCGCGGGUUUGCUGAAACAAGAUCUCAACCGAAACCCAACGGCCAAGAUCAACCUUGUAUGGCCAGCCACGCCAGUCCACAUCCGCAAAUUCGAGGUGCAAAGCUUCCAUGUCAUUCGCGAGACGCCGGAAAUUUAUCGCAAAGUCGUUGAACCUUAUAUUGAAGAAAUGACCAGCGAAUCUCGCCUCAAGUGGGUCCAAAACAUCUUGUACAAUGGUGCUGAGUCAGACCGGGUGGUGUACAAAGAUUUUGUUGAGGGGGAAGCCCCCAAGGGGUUCUUGAUUUUGCCUGACAUGAAAUGGGACGGUGUUAACUUAGACGCAUUGUAUUUGGUUGCUCUUGUCUUCCGUAGCGAUAUCCGGUCACUUAGAGAUCUAAAGCCAGAGCACAAACCCUGGCUUAUUGAAGUUCUCAAUAAAAUUAGAACUGUUAUCCCUGCUUGCUACAACUACGCAAUUCACCCCGACGAGCUACGAGUCUUUGUUCACUAUCAGCCUUCUUAUUAUCAUUUCCAUAUCCACAUCGUCAACGUCAAACACAGUGGGUUAAGCGAUAGUAUUGCUGCGGGUAAAGCGAUUCUUUUAGAAGACAUUAUUGAACAAUUGGGUUUCUUGGGCGAGGAUGGAUUUGCAGGCAGAACUAUAACUUAUGUUUUGGGCGAAAAUCAUGAUUUAUGGAGAUUAGGCAUGGAGCAGGAAGUUUCCCGCCAAUUAAGGGAAGAUGGAAUUCCCAAAGCGCCCAAAAUUGUAAGUGAUUUCAAUUCUUAG